UUGUGUUGCCCUCUUCGCUUAAGUAGUUCAAAAAGGCCAAGCUGUUUAGAUACAAGAAAACUUAUUAUGUAAUAAUCAUGUUAUAUUUGCCCUUCCUUUUUUGCUUGCAGAUAUCCUCCAAUAGUUUCUCUUGAUUGCAGCUGUCAAGUAUUCUAUAAUUAUUUCGAGUUGAAUAAUUUAUAAUGUCAAUUCAAAUCCAUUAGCGAACAUUUCAUUCAUGUCUACGAAAGAAGCCACCAUCCUAUUUUUAGACACACCAGUGAUCGUUUUAAUUUUCAGCCUACAGCAUCUGUUCACGUUCCCAAUAGAAUUCCUCAACUUUAAUUUGACCACCCCAGCUUAGAAUGUUUCAAAGACACUGACCAUAAUGGUCUGCUGAUGAAUUUGAUUUUAAGAUCAUUUCACUGAAGUUCAAAAUGGUGAUUGCAGGUAGCAGGAACCCGGAUGUUUCUCAACUGAAGCCUGGCUUUUGGGAAUCCCAUCAGAUCAGGGUAAAUGGAAAUGUCUGCUAAUUGUUUUUAAUUGUCAUUUACAUAUAUUCAAAACUUCUGAGGUCCAGAAACUCCAGAUAUGGUGACCAUAAACUUCAACUGAAUGUCUUCUUCUACGUGCAUACAAUCAGUAUAACGCAAGACAUUGACUAGGUCAACUGAGCCCAACUUAACGAAGUAUCCCAACUCCCACAAUGGUGUUUAUUAUUUUCUUAAAUAAGCUUGGCACUUACAUAUUACAGGGGCUAACAGUUAACCUUCCUGAUUGUUUUUGUAGUUAGCAUGUGUUAUGCUGCAUAUAUAAAUCUCAAUAUGUAAGUCCUUAAUUUGAAUUAAAAUGGGAAAGCAGCAAUAGCACCUGAAAAUUCUGUCUUGCAGGAUUUAAUGAACAAUACAAGUUAUAGAACCACCUUCCACUACGGAAGAAGAGAAGGAGCCAUUGCCUGAGGAGUUUGUUCUAGUCGACCCUACCUGAUGGGACAAAUAUUUUCUUGCAGUGGGAACGUUGAUGUGCAUGACCUCCAAGCCUUAUGUGAUAAGGUUGGUCGGCCUCGAAGGCCACUGACAAAGCUAGCUGCUGCUCUGAGAAAUAGUUACAUGGUGACUACUUUGCACUCUAAAGAAAUCAGGUCUCAUAUUUCAAAUUGGUCUAAAACCCCCAAAAUCUCAAAACCGGCCUUGCAAAAGAAGUUGAUAGGAAUGGCCCGAGCUACAUCAAACCAUGCUUUCAAUGCAACUAUUUGGGAUGUUCUUGUUAAUCCUUCCUAUCGGGGCUGAAAAGCCCUCAUUGAGAAGCUUAUAGGAGCACUCUUGCAACAGGACAUUGAAAAUAUUUUGCUGUUUGCAGAUGGUAAAGUUGUGGAAUUCUACAAGAAUCUGGAUUUUGAGCCCGAUCCAGAAGGCAUCAAAGGCAUGUUUUGGUACCCAAAGUAUUAGGUUUGCUCCAUUCGGCAAUCACCAUCACUGCUAACAAUAUUGGGUUGUGUUACAAGGUACAUGUACGUACUCGAUUAGUACAGGAAACAUAUAAUUUCCUGUAAUUAAAGGUUUCUUUCUCUGCUCCAAUGAUGUCGACGUACAUAUCCUUGGACCAUUUUGUAAUUCAGCAUGUUCAAAUGUAUUAAACCAUCUCAAAUUGAACAAAUUACCUAGUACGCAACACGAUAUUUUGGUGUAAUUGCAAGUGUAAACACCAAUCCACAUUCAAAUGUUUGUAUUAAUGUUGUUCAGA